AUGUGUGGCAUUUUUGCAUACUGCUCCUUCCUGCUCGAAAAGGACCGUCGAACGAUCCUCGAGAUCCUGCUGAACGGGCUCCAGCGACUGGAGUACCGCGGCUAUGAUUCAGCUGGUCUCGCCAUCGACGGCGAUACGGCCAAACAGGUCUACAUCUUCAAACAGGUCGGCAAAGUGGCUGCAUUACGCAAACACACCGGCGAGGCUGCCCUCGAUCUCGACAAGACCUACCUCUCCCAGACCUCCAUGGCUCACACACGAUGGGCCACACACGGUGAGCCCAACCCGACAAAUUGCCAUCCUCAUCGGAGUGACCCGACCAAUGAGUUCACUGUCGUCCAUAACGGCAUCAUCACCAACUACAAAGAACUCCGUCUCGUCCUCGAGAAGCGAGGCUAUAAGUUUGUCACGGACACCGACACAGAGGUCGCUGCCGUGCUCGCCAAGUACCUCUGGGACAGCCAGCGCGGCAGACCAAUCUCGUUUACGUCCUUGGUCAAAUCGGUCAUCAAAGAACUCGAGGGCGCGUUUGCCUUUGUGUUCAAGUCGAUCCACUACCCUGACGAGACCGUCGUCUGCCGUCGUGGCUCGCCCGUCUUGAUCGGCGUAAAGACUGACAAGAAGCUCAAGAUUGAUUUCGUCGAUGUCGAAUUGCCCGGUGCAGCUGAUGACAAGCUCGACACGCCCGUCGGAACCGCGCCCAUUAACGGAGGCUUGCUGGCUGUGCCUGACGCAAGUCAGACAGGCUCCAAGCUCGUUCGUACCCAGUCGCGCGCAUUUCUGUCGGACGACGGCAUGCCUCAACCGAUCGAGUUCUUCAUCGCUUCAGAUGCUUCUGCCAUCGUCGAGCACACCAAGCGCGUGCUGUACUUGCAAGAUGAUGACAUUGCUCACAUUGCUGAAGGGGAGUUCCACAUCCACCGUCUCCAUCGUGACGAGACGGGCAGCGUGUCAGCGGUCCGUGCUAUUGAGACGCUCGAGAUCGAGUUGGCAGCAAUCAUGAAGGGAUCUUUCAACCAUUUCAUGCAAAAGGAGAUCUAUGAGCAGCCCGAGUCUGUCGUCAACACCAUGCGAGGUCGCAUCAAUUUUGAUUCGCAGCGUGUCAAUCUCGGUGGCCUCAAGACUUAUCUUCAUGUCAUCCGUCGCUGCCGCCGUCUCGUCUUUGUUGCCUGUGGCACAUCUUACCAUUCCUGCCUUGCUACACGCGCCAUCUUCGAAGAGCUCACCGAAAUUCCAGUCUCGGUUGAGCUCGCAUCCGACUUCCUCGACCGCAAGUGUCCCAUCUUCCGCGAUGAUGUCUGCAUCUUCGUUUCCCAAUCGGGUGAGACGAUCGACACCAUUCUCGCGAUGCGUUAUUGCCUCGAGCGUGGGGCACUCAACGUUGGCGUCGUCAACGUUGUCGGCUCGACCAUCUCGCGCGAGACCCAUUGCGGUAUCCACAUCAAUGCCGGCCCAGAGAUCGGUGUGGCUUCUACAAAGGCCUACACGUCCCAAUAUAUUGCCUUGCUAAUGAUGGCGAUCCAGCUCUCGGACGACCGCAUCUCGCUGACGCCUCGCCGCAACGAGAUCAUCGAUGGACUCCACGAGCUGCCUGGUCAGAUCAAAGCGAUUCUGCAGCUGGACGCUAGCUUGCAACAGCUUGCUCCCGUUCUCGCUAAGGAGCGCUCUCUGCUCAUCAUGGGUCGCGGCUUUCAGCACGCAACCUGUCUCGAAGCUGCUCUCAAGAUCAAGGAAUUGACAUACAUGCAUUCCGAGGGCAUCCUUGCUGGCGAGCUCAAGCACGGCCCUCUUGCCUUGAUCGACGAGUCCAUGCCGGUCUUGCUCAUCAUGACGCGCGACAGUCUGUAUCCCAAAGUGCAGUCGGCACUGCAGCAGGUCACCGCUCGCAAGGGUGCGCCUAUCAUCAUCGCCAAUGAAGACGACGACAAUAUUACUGCUCCCCGUACGAUUCGCGUACCUCGCACGGUCGACUGCCUCCAAGGCUUGCUCAACAUCAUCCCUCUGCAACUGCUCUCGUAUCACAUGGCAGUUGCGAGAGGUUUCAAUGUCGAUUACCCAAGAAAUCUGGCCAAGAGCGUCACUGUGUAA